GGGAGGAGGAGGAGGCGGCGGCGGCGGCCGCGAGCGAGGAGCCAGCGCUGGGUCCUGCAGUAGGACUCCCAGGAGCCACCAUCAUGGUGAAGAGGAAGAGCUCCGAGGGCCAGGAGCAGGACGGCGGCCGCGGCAUCCCCCUGCCCAUCCAGACCUUCCUGUGGCGCCAAACCAGUGCAUUUUUGAGACCUAAACUGGGGAAGCAAUAUGAAGCUUCUUGUGUGUCCUUUGAACGAGUAUUGGUGGAAAAUAAGUUGCAUGGCCUGUCUCCAGCACUCUCUGAAGCCAUCCAGAGCAUUUCCAGAUGGGAGCUGGUACAAGCCGCCCUUCCACAUGUUCUUCAUUGCACAGCAACUCUGCUUUCAAACAGGAACAAGCUAGGCCACCAGGAUAAACUGGGUGUUGCUGAGACAAAACUCCUUCACACCCUGCACUGGAUGCUCUUGGAGGCCCCCCAGGACUGCAACAGUGAGCGGUUUGGGGCCACAGAAAGAGGCUCCAGCUGGGGUGGCAGCAGCAGCGCGUUCAUCCACCAGGUGGAAAACCAGGGUUCUCCAGGGCAGCCUUGCCAAAGCAGUUCCAAUGAUGAAGAAGAGAACAACCGAAGGAAGAUCUUCCAGAACUCCAUGGCGACUGUGGAGCUUUUCGUGUUUCUGUUUGCUCCUCUGGUACAUAGGAUCAAAGAAUCUGACCUCACCUUCCGACUGGCCAGUGGGCUUGUUAUAUGGCAGCCUAUGUGGGAGCACAGACAGCCCGAAGUCUCUGGCUUCACAGCACUGGUAAAGCCCGUCAGGAACAUCAUUACAGCCAAAAGAAGUUCUCCUAUCAACAGUCAAAGUCAGACCUGUGAAUCACCUAAUCAAGACACAAGACACAGAGAGGGACUCCAGGUGGUCUGUGAAACAUUCCAGUCUGAUUCCAUCUCACCCAAGGACACCAUUUCUGGCUGUCAUCGAGGAAACUCCUUUGAUGGAAGCCUCUCCUCCCAAACUUCCCAGGAAAGAGGUCCUUCGCAUUCCAGGGCUUCUCUCAUGAUACCUCCAUGCCAAAGGUCCCGCUAUGCCACCUACUUUGAUGUUGCUGUUCUUCGCUGCCUACUCCAGCCCCAUUGGUCUGAGGAGGGCACUCAGUGGUCGCUGAUGUACUAUCUACAAAGGCUACGACAUAUGCUGGAAGAAAAGCCAGAAAAGCCCCCAGAGCCAGAUAUUCCUCUCCUGCCCAGACCCAGGAGUAGCUCAAUGGUGGCAGCAGCUCCCUCUCUAGUGAACACCCACAAAACCCAAGAUCUCACUAUGAAGUGUAAUGAAGAGGAAAAAUCUCUUAGUUCUGAGGCCUUUUCCAAGGUUUCAUUGACCAAUUUACGCAGAUCUGCAGUGCCAGAUCUUUCUUCAGACCUGGGCAUGAACAUCUUUAAAAAGUUCAAGAGCCGCAAAGAAGAUCGAGAGAGGAAGGGCUCCAUUCCAUUCCACCAUACAGGGAAGAGGAGGCCACGGAGAAUGGGUGUGCCAUUCCUGCUUCAUGAGGACCACCUGGAUGUGUCCCCUACCCGUAGCACAUUCUCCUUUGGAAGUUUCUCUGGUCUUGGAGAAGACAGGAGAGGCAUUGAAAAAGGAGGCUGGCAAACUACCAUUUUAGGGAAAUUGACCCGGCGAGGAAGCUCAGAUGCAGCCACAGAGAUGGAGAGUCUGAGUGCCAGACACUCCCACUCCCAUCACACCCUGGUGAGCGACUUGCCGGACCACUCAAACAGUCACGGGGAGAACACGGUCAAGGAAGUGCGAUCUCAGAUCUCCACUAUCACCGUUGCAACCUUCAAUACCACAUUGGCAUCAUUCAACGUAGGCUACGCAGACUUUUUCAGUGAGCAUAUGAGGAAGCUCUGCAACCAGGUGCCUAUCCCAGAGAUGCCACAUGAGCCUCUGGCAUGUGCGAACCUGCCUCGAAGCCUCACUGACUCCUGCAUAAACUACAGCUACCUGGAAGACACAGAACAUAUUGAUGGCACCAACAACUUUGUUCACAAGAAUGGCAUGCUUGACCUCUCUGUGGUUCUGAAAGCUGUUUAUCUUGUUCUUAACCAUGACAUCAGCUCUCGCAUCUGUGAUGUGGCACUAAACAUUGUAGAAUGCUUGCUCCAACUUGGUGUAGUGCCCUGUGUAGAAAAGAAUAGAAAGAAGAGUGAAAACAAGGAAAAUGUGACUGUGGAAAAGAGACCAAGCGAGGGAACUUUCCAGUUCAAAGCGGUAUCUGGAAGUUCCAGCUGUGGAUUUGGGGGCCCUUCAGUUUGUGGAGCUGGAGAUGGUGGAGGAGAAGAAGGAGGAGGUGGAGAUGGAGGAGGUGGAGGAGGUGAUGGAGGAGGAGGUGGAGGAGGUGGAGGUGGCCCUUAUGAGAAGAAUGAUAAGAACCAAGAGAAGGAUGAGGGUACACCUGUAAGCAACCAUAGGCUUGCUCUUACCAUGCUUAUCAAAAUAGUGAAGUCUCUGGGAUGUGCCUAUGGUUGCGGAGAAGGACACCGAGGGCUCUCUGGAGAUCGUCUGAGACACCAGGUAUUCCGAGAGAAUGCCCAGAGCUGCCUCACUAAACUAUACAAGCUAGAUAAGAUGCAGUUCCGACAAACCAUGAGGGACUAUGUGAACAAGGAUUCUCUCAAUAAUGUAGUGGACUUCUUGCAUGCUUUGCUAGGAUUUUGUAUGGAGCCGAUCACUGACAACAAGGCUGGGUUUGGAAAUAACUUCACCACGGUGGACAACAAAUCCACAGCCCAGAAUGUGGAAGGCAUCAUCGUGGGUGCCAUGUUUAAGUCCCUCAUCACACGCUGCGCAUCAACCACACAUGAACUGCACAGCCCUGAGAAUCUGGGACUGUACUGUGACAUCCGUCAGCUGGUCCAGUUUAUCAAAGAAGCCCAUGGGAAUGUCUUCAGGAGAGUGGCUCUUAGUGCUUUGCUUGACAGUGCUGAAAAGUUAGCACCAGGGAAAAAGGUGGAGGAGAGUGAACAGGAAUCUAAGCCAGCAGGUGGUAAAAGGUCAGAGGCGGGAAGUGUUGUGGACAAGGGCCAGGUGUCCUCUGCACCUGAGGAGUGUCGCAGCUUCAUGUCUGGUCGACCCUCACAGACUCCAGAGCAUGAUGAACAAAUGCAAGGGGGCAACCUGGGGAGGAAAGAUUUCUGGCGCAAGAUGUUCAAAUCCCAGAGUGCAGCAAGUGACACCAGCAGCCAGUCUGAGCAGGACACUUCAGAAUGCACCACUGCCCACUCAGGGAAUACCUCUGACCGGCGCGCCCGCUCACGGUCUCGCAGAAUUUCCCUGCGGAAGAAGCUUAAGCUCCCCAUAGGAAGCUGGCUGAAACGAUCCUCCCUCUCCGGCCUGGCAGAUGGCGUGGAGGACCUCCUGGACAUCAGCUCUGUGGACCGCCUGUCUUUCAUCAGGCAAAGCUCCAAGGUCAAAUUCACCAGCGCUGUGAAGCUUUCUGAAAGUGGGCCUGGGAGUGGAGUGGAAAAUGGAAGAGAAGAGGAAGAGCACUUCUUCAAGCGUCUUGGCUGCCACAGUUAUGACGACCAUCUUUCUCCCAACCAAGACGGUGGAAAAAACAAAAAUGUGGUGAAUCUUGGAGCAAUCCGACAAGGCAUGAAACGCUUUCAGUUUCUCUUAAACUGCUGCGAGCCGGGGACAAUUCCGGAUGCAUCCAUCCUGGCUGCCGCAUUGGACCUAGAAGCCCCUGUGGUGGCCCGAGCAGCCUUGUUUCUGGAAUGUGCCCGCUUUGUUCACCGCUGCAAUCGUGGCAACUGGCCCGAGUGGAUGAAAGGGCACCAUGUGAACAUCACCAAGAAAGGCCUUUCCCGGGGUCGGUCUCCCAUCGUGGGCAACAAGCGGAACCAGAAGCUGCAGUGGAAUGCUGCCAAGCUCUUUUACCAAUGGGGAGACGCCAUUGGUGUCCGACUGAAUGAGCUGUGUCAUGGGGAGAGUGAGAGCCCUGCCAACCUACUGGGUCUCAUCUAUGAUGAGGAGACCAAGAGGAGGCUGAGAAAGGAGGAUGAGGAGGAAGACUUUUUAGAUGACAGUACUGUGAACCCCUCUAAAUGCGGCUGCCCCUUUGCCCUGAAGAUGGCAGCAUGUCAGCUGCUCCUGGAGAUUACCACCUUUCUGAGAGAGACCUUUUCUUGCCUGCCCAGACCUCGCACUGAGCCUCUGGUG